AUGAUCUGCAGUUUAAAACAAAAAAAAGAUAUAUGGGAAUUUUUAGCUUUAUCAAAAGAUAUUGAUGAAGAGAUAUUCAGCAUUAUUAUUGAAAUUUUUAGAAAAGAGAAAAUUUAAGACUGUUUAGGAUAUCUUUUUAAUUAAGAGAAUCAAAAAAAUUUGGAAAUAGUCAUUUUACAAAUAGAGAACUUAUCACUUGCAGAUAAGGAAAAGAAGUUGAAAGUUUUAAGAAAUAACAUUAAGAAAAUAACUAAUAUUAUCAGUUUACUAAAAGAUCAUGACUUUUAUAAAAAUGAUUUUUCAGCUGAAGGAAAAUUUUUGAUUAGACAAGAUCUAAUUAAAAAAAUAUAAGAUGAAAAGAAGAUUAUUGAAUUUCUAAAAUUCUUAGUUCGCCUUACUGCAAUAGAUGAAAAAUUUAUUUAAUGUGGAUCAAACUCACUCAUUUUAUUAGUAGAAAUGAAAGUUAUUCUUUAUAAACAAUCUUUUGAAAAUAUUAGGAUUAAGAAUACUGAUUUAAUUGGAGCUAAUUUCUUCAAAUGUAAUUUAAAUGGAUCAUAAUUUAACAACGUUGAUAUAAGUGGAAUAAAUAUAAAUGGAGCAUAAUUAUUUAAUUGUAAAUGGGAGAAUUUAAAAAUAAAUUAGUUACAUAAAUUAGAAGGUCAUUAAGGUAGUGUCAAUUCAAUAUGCUUUUCUCCUGAUGGAUCUAAAUUAGCUUCUGGUGGUGGAAGUCCUUAUAGUGGCAGAGAUGACUCAAUCCGAUUAUGGGAAGUUAAUACAGGAAGAUAAUUAUUAUAAUUAGAUGGUCAUAGGGAUUAUAUUAAAUCAAUGUGCUUUUCUCCUGAUGGUAUUACAUUAGCAUCUGGCAGUGCUGAUAAAUCUAUUUGUUUAUGGGAUGUUCAAACAGAAAAAUUAAAAACAAAAUUGUAUGGUCAUACUAGUUGUGUCCAUUCAGUAUGUUUUUCUUCUGAUGGUAAUACAUUAGCGUCUGGUAGUGCUGAUAAAUCUAUUUGUUUAUGGGAUAUUCAAACAGAAUAAAUAAAAACAAAAUUUAUUGGUCAUACUAGUUGUAUCCGUUCAAUAUGUUUUUCUCCUGAUGGUACUACAUUAGCAUCUGGUAGUGAUGAUAAGACAAUCUUGUUUUGGGAUGUUAAGACCAAAAAAAAAAAAAUGAAACUAAAUGGUCACAAAAGCUGUGUCAAUUCAUUAUGCUUUUCUACUGACGGAAUUACAUUAGCAUCUUGUAGUGGAAGCUUUUCUAAUAGUAAAGAUCAAUGUAUUCGUUUAUGGGAUGUGAAAACAGGACAACAAAAGUUUAAAUUAGAUGGCCAUUGUAUGGAAGUCUUAUCAGUAUGCUUUUGCCUUGGCAGCCAUACAUUAGCAUCUUGUAGCGCUGAUAAAUCUAUCUGUUUAUGGGAUAUUAAGACUGGAGAAUAAAUAUCUAAAUUAGUUGGUCAUAGUGAUUAUGUGUAUACAUUAUGUUUCUCACCUGACGGCACUAAAUUAGCUUCAGGUAGUGGCGAUAAGUCUAUCCGCUUAUGGGAUUAUAAAGCAGGACAGCAAAGAUUCUACUAAGAUGGACAUAGUAAAUCUGUCCAAUCAGUAUGCUUUUCCCCUGAUGGUUCUACAUUAGCAACUGGUGGUUAUGAUAGUUCUAUCCUUUUAUGGGAUAUUAACUCUGGAAAAUAAAAGUCUAAAUUAAAUGGGCAUAGUGGAAUUGUCUAUUCAGUAUGCUUCUCUAUUAAUGGUAUUAUUUUAGCAUCGUGUAGUAGUGACUCAUAUAUUUGUGUAUGGGAUGUUAAAAAAGGGCAAUAAAAGUUUAAAUUAAAUGGGCAUAGUAGUUGGGUUUAUUCAGUCUGCUUUUCUCCUGAUGGUACAAAAAUAGCAUCUGGAAGUAGUGAUAAAUCUAUCCGUUUGUGGGAUGUAAAGACUGGAUAAUAAAUAUCCAAAUUAUUGGGUCAUAGUUAGAAUGUGUAUUCAGUGUUCUUCUCUCCUAAUGGUACUAUAUUAGCAUCUGGUAGUGAUGAUAAAACUAUACGAUUGUGGGAUGUUAAGAAAGGAUAGCAAUAAUUAUAAUUAGAUGGUCAUUAUAGUUCUGUUAAAUCAAUCUGUAUCUCUCCUGAUGGUACUAAAUUAGCAUCUGGGAGUGGUGAUAAAUCUAUCUGUUUAUGGGAUAUUAAGACUGGAUAAUAAAUAUCUAAAUUAGUUGGUCAUAGUGAUUAUGUCCGAUCAGUAUGCUUCUCUCCUGAUGGUACUUAAUUAGCAUCUGGCAGUGAUGAUAAUUCUAUUCGAUUAUGGGAUGUUUAGUAAGGAUAAUAAAAGGCCAAGUUGGAGGGUCAUAAUGGUUGUGUACUAUCAGUAAGCUUCUCUCCUGAUGGAACUUAAUUAGCAUCUGGCAGUGAUGAUAAAUCUAUAAGAUUAUGGGAUUGUAUAAAAUAACAAUAAAUUUAACCCUCAGAUAAAAGUUAAACAGAUAUUGUAGCUCAAUUUAAAACAUCUCUUUUUCCAAAUCUAUCUUAUGAAGAAGGUGGUAUUUAUUUUCAUUUUAUUAGUUAGUUCUAAUAUUACAAUUCUUCUUAUAUACAAAUAUCCUAUAUUUUAAGCAUUUGGUUCUUUAAUCUUUAAUGGAGAAUUCAUAACUCAUUAAGGUAUUGAUUUAAAGUAGCUACUAUCAUAAUCUGGAGGUUAUGUUUUGCAACCAUAAUAGAAGACUAUUUUAAUUUGA